GCGGAGUGUUGCUGAAGUGUCACGCAGAAUCGUAGAUUAAAUGCCCGUUGAAGGAUGUCACUACCGCACGGCACCUUGCACUGCCUCAGUAAUAAAUAUCUUUCACUCAGUUCUUGGUGGUGCAGUGAGGACGGGCAUGUGGAGCAAAUUUAGGAUGUGCUUCCAAGUACUCUUGUGCCCUUUCUCCCUUUUUUAGAAAGUGUACUGUGUGGGUCUCUCUUCAGGCUUGUGGGUGCUUGCAUGUCCUUUCAGACUCCCUGCAGGUUUGUUUUGCCCUCCAGCUCAGCGUUAUGUGUAUGUGUGAGUGUGUGAAUCAGGUGGCUGUGGUGGGCAGAUUAAUAAUAGAUUUUGCCCUGACUUAAGGGAGAAGAAGAGACAGCAGUAAAAAGUUGAGGCUGUAUUUAAAAAACUGCAGAGUCACCCAUGGAAACAACCUGACUCUGCACAAUUCUCAUCUUUGAGUGUGAGACUAGAAAGUUCGAUUCAGAACACCAAGACUGGCAGGGUAGUUUUAUAAGUGCCCGUGAGCAAAACUACAGUGUGCAGAUUCCUAAUAGCCAACAUAUCAAUCAGACUCUGGGGGAAAUAAUUAUUUGAUCCCCUGCUGAAUUUGAGUUUGCUCACGUACAAAGAUGUGAACAGUCUUUAAUUUUUAUGGAAGUUUCAUUUUAAUGGAGAGAGAAAGAACGUCAACUAAAAAUCCAGAUAUAAAAAACACAUUACAUAAAAGUUAUAAACUGCUUUGCAAACUACACGGGAGGAGCUUUGUUAAUGAUCUGAAGGCAGAUGGGACCACAGUCACCAAGGACACGAGUGGUAACACGCUACGAUGUAAUAGAAGCAUAUGUACAGACCCUUAAGUUUGCCACUGAACGUCUAAAUGAUUCAGAGAGGCAAGGAAGAAAGUGUGGUCAGAUGAAACCAAAAUGGAGCUCUUUGGCAUCAACUCAACCUGCUAUGUCAGAAAUGCUGAGCAUGUCCCAAAGAACAUCUCCACAGAACAUCUCCACAGUCAAGCAUGGAGGUGGAGACAUUAUGCUUUGGGCUGUUUUUCUGCUAAGGGUACAGGACGACUUCUUGGCACUGAGGGUCCAUGCACCAUCAAAUCUUGGCAGAGAACCUCCUUCCCUUAGAGAGAACACUGAAGGUGGAUUUUCCAACAUGACAAUUGAAACUGAAAGCUUUUAUAGAGUUUCUGUAAAGAGGAGUGGUCCAAAAUCCCCCCUAGUGACGUGUGCAAACCUGGUGUGCAACCACAAGAAACAUCUUACAGCUGCGCUUGCCAACAAGUGUUUCUCCAACAAGUACAGAGUUGUCAUGCCAUAACAUGCAAAGGAAUUUAUAACUUUUAUGUAAUCUGUUUUUAACCGACUAUAUAAAUGUUGAUGCUUGCAGCUGAUCAAAAAAGAGAAAACGGCUUCUCAGAAUAGACCAAGGCUAAAUAAUUUCAUGAAAAGCAGACAUAUUCAGGCUCCAAGGUUUAGCUCAUUAAUCGAUAAGAACUCGGCAUUGCUCCUCUUGCUCCUGACACAGGUGUGCCAAGGCACUGUUAAUAAAUACCCACAAAAAAUUAAGAUAAAAAUAACAUAAACUGCAUUGCACAACUUUUUUUUUGAAAAAGGCGCAGUUUACGUCAGAGUUCGUGCAGAACUGCAAUAAAUGAUCACUGCCUUGUCAUUUUUAUCCUCACCUCCCCUGCUUCCUUUCACUUAUCACUGAGAUGCCUUAUCUCACUCACUCCCAAAGACUCCCAAAGAAAAAGAAAAAUGGGAAAAUUCAUGAAAGACACUACCGUAAGAACAUAUCAGGUAGAUAAAAGUACUCAGGAUAAUGAGAAAGCAUUUCAUCAAUAGACAGGUUAAUUAAAGGCCCAAACACUGGCAACGGCCAACUUGCCAACUCUGUGAAUUUCUGCAUCUUUUUAAAUUCUGAGCGCAGCGUGUGAACCUCAGGUGGCUGGUGGAAAAACACUGGAUAUGAAAAUGAACUUUUUUUUUUUUUAAAGGGGGAAAUGUUAUUCUUCUUCUACACUUAGCCUUUAACUAUAACCCAGCUUCGUAAUGCUGUCACAGGGAAGUACAAUCCCAAGUAUACAAUACAGAUGGAUGAUGAGGAUUAUUAGCUCAUACUUAAUAUUAGCCUUACCCUUAAAUCCAUAUCAAUGUAGGGUGGAAAUAAACAUGUGCAUUUUUUUGUGUGGACACUUUUAUUCAUCCAUUUAUCCUUUUCCACUUAUCAUCAGGAUCACGGGGUAUUUUUAAAUUAAAGUUCAAAGUUUAAACGCUUAACUCAAAACUCGAGCAAACUCAAGGGGAGCAUUUGAAGGCAGCAAAACCCCCGCCCUCGAGAAAAGUCAUGCAACCAUGCAACGAAACACAAAACUUGGAGAGUGGAAGGAAAUAGAGGCGGGACGUCUCCGCCCUUUUAAAGAAAGAAGAAAAAAAAAUGCUGGAUGAAAGUCUUCAAGAAAAGGAAUGCGGUGUAGUUCGAUUACCUCCCUGCCGAGGAGCCAAACCUUUGUUCUAGUAGUGAUUGGGAUAUAGAAGCAUCCACAUGAAAGACAAAACGACAUCUCUGACGUCUUUUAUGAAACAAAGGAGGAUGGGUCUGAACGACUUCAUUCAGAGGCUAGCCACAAACUCCUACGCCUGCAAGCAUUCCGAGGUUCAGUCCAUCCUGAACUUGAGUCCUCCUCAGGAUCCUGAGCUCAUGAACACAAACCCCUCUCCUCCUCCCAGUCCAUCCCAACAGAUCAACCUCGGCCCAUCAUCCAAUCCUUCGGCCAAGCCCAGCGACUUCCACUUCCUCAAGGUUAUCGGCAAGGGUAGCUUCGGAAAGGUUUUGCUUGCACGCCAUCGCACGGAUGACAACUUCUACGCUGUGAAAGUCUUACAGAAGAAGGCCAUUCUCAAGAAGAAGGAGGAAAAACACAUUAUGUCAGAGAGGAAUGUGCUGUUGAAGAAUGUCAAGCACCCGUUCUUGGUGGGCCUGCACUAUUCUUUCCAAACAGCGGACAAACUGUACUUCAUCUUGGACUACAUCAAUGGCGGAGAAUUGUUCUACCACCUGCAGAGAGAGCGCUGCUUCCUCGAGCCCAGAGCCAGGUUCUAUGCAGCAGAGAUCGCCAGCGCACUGGGAUACCUGCACUCACUAAACAUUGUCUACAGAGACCUGAAACCAGAAAACAUCCUGCUGGACUCCCAAGGACACAUCAUUCUCACAGAUUUUGGACUCUGCAAAGAGAACAUUGAACCCAAUGGGACAACAUCAACUUUCUGCGGUACUCCAGAGUAUUUGGCUCCUGAGGUGUUGCACAAGCAGCCGUAUGACAGGACAGUAGACUGGUGGUGUUUAGGAGCUGUUCUCUAUGAGAUGCUGUAUGGCCUGCCUCCGUUCUACAGCCGCAACACAGCAGAGAUGUACGACAACAUCCUGAACAAGCCACUGCAGCUGAAACCCAACAUUUCCAACUCAGCUAGACACCUGCUGGAGGGCCUGCUGCAAAAAGACCGGACAAAGAGACUGGGCUGCUCCGACGACUUCAUUGAAAUUAAGAACCACAUAUUCUUUACCCCCAUCAACUGGGAUGACCUCAAUGCAAAGAAGAUCACCCCUCCCUUCAACCCCAAUGUGACGGGGCCCAAUGACCUGCGGCACUUUGAUCCGGAGUUCACAGACGAGCCGGUACCCAGCUCCAUCGGUUGCUCCCCAGACAGUGCACUCGUCACAGCCAGCAUCAAAGAGGCGGCCGAGGCCUUUGUGGGCUUCUCUUAUGCCCCAUCUAUGGACUCCUACCUAUAGGAUUUAAACACAGGCACUUAUCAUAGACACUAGUUUAGACUUAUUGGGCAUGAAACGAGGCAUGCCCGUGGACUUGCAUCGUGACCCCACUCAAUGUUUACCAUCAGAAUGAUGGACAUCUCCGAAACCUAACCCCGCGACAACUCUGCAUCUACAAAGACUUUAAACAUGUGUACUUUGCCACAUCCUCUGCAACUCUUGAAUGCUUGCCACAAGAGGAUGCCCAGUUGGAGUUCUGAUCCUCAAGCUUUUACUUUCACUACCUGCAGUCCCCUUUCAGCCUUCAGUUGUUCAUCUAUUUCCUGAUAGUGGAGGUCGUUUGCACACAGGCAGCUUAAAAGCUCCCCUUGAUCCCGACGCCACGAGAUACAAGCACACGUCCAAGUUCCCACCUUUUUCAAAGAGAGGAAGGCCGGACCAGGCCCAGAGAAGAUUUCCAUUUUCAUCUCUGUAGCGAAAGAACCUUCCCUCUUGAGAUUUCUGCUACCACCUGUGAGGACCUUACCUUUUGAGCGCGAAUGAGUAGCUUGGAGAUGACAUUCAUUUUGGUGCUUUAGUUUCUUUUCAUGUACUUUCCGUGUGUUUUGAAAAGGGAGUUAUUUAAAAACCGAAUGUUACAGAGAGACAGAUGGGGUAAUUUAAUUUUUCUACAAGGUGCCUUUAUAUUUUUUUCUCUCCAUCAGAACUUACAUCAUUUGAGUUUGACUGUGUCGACACUAACAUCAGAGUUUUAUCUGCUCUGCACCUGAUUUUUCUUUGGUUUUGUUGAAGUCACUAUCGAGGAAAGAUGUAGCACUAAGUUAAUCCAAUUCUUCUGUCUUUAACAUGUGACAUGUUAGAACUCGAAUGAUGUUUCACGUCUUCUUUUGCACAUAAAACAACAAUGCUGAUAGAUGGAAAGAGAGCGCACUGCUGCUGCUAGGUGGCGACAAGAGGGAUGUGUUGUGCAAUGUUUUGGGGAGAGCUGCUCGCCGACCGAGUUCCCCCUCAUUCCUCCAGUCUUCCACCCGCCACGCAGUAAUGUUAACGGCAGCCCGCGGACGGGCUGACACUUUAACUGAACAUUCCAUUUUAAUAUUGCUGUAAUGCAGUUUGACGGUAUUUAAGUUUGUUUGUAUAUUUGGAGUUCUGUGUACUAGUUUUAAUGUAUAUUCAACAACAAAAAAUGACUAAAGGUAUGCUUAAAUAUGUAUACAGUAUGUAACAAUGUUAAAUGUACUGUAAAUUGUAAAAAUUGUUUAAGAUUUACGUGACCAUGUUUGGUUUGCAAUAAAAGUUUAACUUUAUUACACCUUA